CUUCUAGAAUAAGUAACAUAAUACAACUGCAAUUAUGUCUUCAAAUAGAACGAAGGUUUUGAUAGCUAUGGGAGCAGUUGGUGUUGGAGUUACUUUGGCUGCUGGUUAUUUGUAUUCAAUACUACAACGUAAAAAACGCGAUGAAGCGGAUGAAGGAAUUGGCGAUGAGGAUUCUAUCAUAUCAGAUUCUGAUGAACCUCCUGUUGUUUUGCAAAACCUCACAACUCCUGUCACAAUAGCUCCUAAAGAACAAAAUGCGAAUGAGUUUGAAUUUCCGCCACAUGAUGUAGAAGAUAUUUCAGAAGAAGAUGAAGAGGACGAAUCUGAUUCGCAGAAGAAAGUUUUGAUUCUAGGACUUGAUGGAGCGGGUAAAACAGCAUUGAUUGAAACAUUAACAAAACAUCAAAACAGAAACCCAAAAAAAUAUACACCAACAAAUGGUUUUAAUGUUGCACAAUCUAAACAUGGUGAUUUUUACUUAAAUCUGAUGGAAGUUGGCGGUGGGGAAAGUUCUCGUCCAUAUUGGCCGAAUUUUCUUCAAAAAACUGAUUUAUUGGUUUUUGUUGUUGAUGGUAGUGAUCAAAGUCGACUUACUGAAGCAAAAGAUGCGCUCUUCGAAAUAUUAAAAAGUGAAGAACUGAGGGAGAUUCCUUGUCUUUUGCUUGCAAAUAAACAGGAUUUAAAUGGUGCAGUUUCUUGCGACGAUGUAAUAUCAGCUGAAGAUCUCGCAAGUAUGAGCACUAAUAGACAUUUAAAAUUCACUCUUCUAGACUGUGUUUGUAUACCUGAUAACGGAGAGACUGAUUAUGCUGAAACAAUAAAAGAAGUGAUAACAACUUUACUACAAUGAUAGAUUUAUAGUACUGAUAUAUGAAUUAUUAUUGUGUACUUUUAUUUAAAAAAAAAAUAAAGGGGUUUUCAGUAUCGAGAGUUUCUCUCCAUAAGUUGACCUUUAUCCGUUUAUUCAUCUUUUUUGCAGUUAUCAGCUAACAAUUCAUCCUAUUUGUUAGCAUUAUGGGAGUAUUCAUAUUUUGUCCUUGUGAUUACGAAGUUCUCUAAAAACAAUGCAAUCUUUGUAAGAAAACCAAUUUUUCAUAUCAGCCUAGCCCCAGUUUUCUUUUAACAUCCAUUAAAAUUUUUUCAAUAGUGAUUUAUUGUUUAUCUCAGGAAAUGAGUUUCAAUUUAUGGAUAAUUUCGAAGGUGAUAAUUUAGAUUUUUUAGAUGACUCAAUUUGUGCUGCAACUGGAUCAUAGGAGCCAAGCACUGUUUUGUUAACUCUCAAUUAACAAGUGCUGGUUUAUUCGAGCAUUACCAAUGAUGUCCUAGAUUCAUAUGGCAUGUAUUUCAACUGACUUGGAAUAACUAUAGGCAGAAAUGUAAUGUUGAGAAUUUCACAUUGCUAAUCAUACAUUUUCACUGCCUCAUCUAAGCUUUUUUGGAUAAAAAGUUUUUCAAUUUUUUUCUUGAGUAAAAUUAAUUGUUCUUUGGAGCAUAACAGUUAUAAAUGUGAAUUUUUAUUUUAUUUUUUUGCGAUUACAGUUACAUUGGUAAAUUAAUAUUGGAGGAAUACCAUGUACUUGUCUUCAUUGUUUCAAAGUUACUUUGAUAUUGUUAUUUUUUUUAUAUUUUUUGGAGGUUUUUGAAUUUGAAAAUUAUACACAGUAAUCGGAGUCAGAUAUAUAUUUUCAUUAGUUGUCGUAUUUCAAUAAGACAUGACAUAAUAUGUACCUAUGUAUUAUUUUGAGCAGCACAAAUAAAUUUUGCAAGGUUAUUUUUUGUUUUAUAAUUUCAGAAAUGCAGUAUAGUUACCAAUGGAUUUGAUAUGAAGGCCAUUUUUUUUAAAUACUAUGCGAAUAAGUUUUUAGAGAAAAUAUCUUGUGCACAUGGGUUGAUUAAUAGAUACUGACAAAGAUUGACUAUAAUUCAGUGGUUCUCGAACUUUUUGAAAAAUUUUGCAUACCGGUCCCCUUGCAAUUUUUCUGAUGACUCUCGGUCCACUAAAGAAAUGAAAGCAAAUUGCAACGCAGUAUAUUAAGCAUUCAUCUAUUGAAUGACAUUAAAACAGUUCAAUAAGCUUGCUUGGCUUCCACUAGUUCUUCUACCUUGGGUUCUGUUUUGGAUAACUCAACUCUCAAAUCAUGUCUCACGUCCAUUCGGUUUCAACAUUUUGUUUUAAUAACGAGUACCGUAGAAAAAGCUGCCUCACUUUUGUAAGUUGUUGUAAAUCGAAUGGGCGUUUAAGGCCAUCUUAGCGACAUCGAGAUAGGACGGUGGCACUGUGGUUUUUCUUUUCCUCCAGAACUUAUUGCAGCAAAAUCAAAUUUCACAUAUGAAUCCUUAUAUCCAAAUUUAUUUUUUAUGGCAGGGGGGCAUUUUUAAAUUACCACGAAAAAUUUACAAUCAGAUGCACACGCCUUCCAUGAACAAUACGCUCUGAAUUGCGGUACUUCCCACAUUCACCAAAGUUUGUUACAGUUAUAAUGUCUUCUGUAAAGCGUGUCGUGCUUUGGAGCAAUACUGUAAAAGCAUGACAUAAAAUUUUACUUCAAAUCAAAGUGCUUCUGUGCCGAGGUUAAAGCUGCCUCACGGUCCCCCCUGAAAUCGCUUCGCGGACCCCUAGGCGACCGCAGACCCCAGUUUGAGAACCAAUGCUAUAGAUAAACUUGCUGCAAUUUAAGUCAAUGCAAUCAGGAAAACUCACUCAAAAUAAUUACUAUAUUCUUGCUUUUCAGUUAUCGAGAUUCAUCAUUAACAUGUUGCUCUUUACAAUGUAAUAAUAUAUCAUUGGUGAAUUAGUGAAUUCUCACUGCUAAUAUUUUUUUUCUGUAAUUAACUUUUUUAGAAAA